GAAGUUAAACGCUUCAAGAUGAUAUGCUUCUGUGAAAAUAUAUUGAUCAUUUAUGAACUCAAACCUAAAUCUUUUCUCCCAAUACAAAUUCCCUGCAAAUAGUUUUGUGUGCUGGAAGACCAGCGCCGGAGUUAUUGACAAUAAAACAAAUUUCACAAUCUGCAAAAUCUCUUUUUGGCCUUCAUCUCUAUGUCUGUAAAGAAUAUGUGUGCGAGUACAAACAUAUAUUCCACAGAAAUGGCCAAUCAAUGGAGGAUUGAUGUUAUGACCUGCCUGGUGCUGUUUAUGAUGAUGGAAGACGCCAAACCUGCCCUUGCUGCAGACGUAUGGCAGGAGAUAGGAAUGCUGGAAAACAGGGUUAAAACACUGGAAGCAAUGUGCGUGGACAAGUGCAGACCUUGCAAGUUCAACUUUGAAGAUGGAACACUCCGUGGUUGGGCUAAGACUGGUACAGCGUUUGAUAACCAGCCGACCUAUGGUGACAACCCUACAGCUCGUAACAGAGGACAGCCUGCCAAUCAACAAGGAGACUACUGGAUUGGAGGAUUUGAAGACAGGCACACUCCGGAUGACAUAGCCGGAGCAAUUCAGGGAGACAAACCCCAAGGAACUCUCACUUCCACAACCUUUACAAUAACGGGCAAAUACGUCACAUUCCUGAUUGGAGGAGGCUGUGAUGUCAACCUGGUUCGCGCAGAGUUGAUUAUUGAAGGCAAGGUGGAGAAGACUGUGACCGGUAAGUGCACCGAGACAAUGGAAAGGGUGACCUGGGAUGUCAUAGAGUUCUAUGGUCAAAAGGCACAAAUCCGACUGGUCGACAACAGCUCUGGUUCGUGGGGUCACAUCAACUUUGAUGAUCUGAAAGGUGACAUCACCUGUGCCUGAGGCAAAUUUCAUUAUAUUCAACCGGUUGCGAAAUGUGAUAACAGAGCAGUAUAGGGAAUUGAUAAAGAUGCUGUUGUAGUAAAAUAACUUUGGCUUUAAGGAAGCGUUAUCAGUUAUACCGUUUAAAGCGCUAAAUGCUUGUAAGCUCUUUAAAUGUGGGUAAUAAACUUACUUUAAACCUCA